UGGACGGACCCAAUUGAGACUCGCUUUGGUUUCUGUCGAUGGCAUCCGCUGCGCCGCCCAUCCUCCCCGUGUCCUCCGCGGGCGGCGGCGGGGCCGCCACUGCCUCCGCCCCAGCGAUCUCUGUCCCCGCCCUCCGCCUAUUCCUCUCCCGGCUCUCCGACUCCGCCCGCCGCUCCCUCGCCCACCGACGCCCCUGGUCGGAGCUCCUCGACCGCACCGCCUUCGCCCGCCCGGACUCCCUCUCGGACGCCGCCUCCCGCCUCCGCAAGAACCUCGCCUACUUCCGCGUCAACUACCUGGCGCUCCUCGCCGCAGCCCUCGCCCUGUCCCUGCUCUCCCACCCCUUCUCCCUCCUCCUCCUCCUCGCGCUCCUCGCCGCCUGGGCCUUCCUCUACCUCUUCCGCCCCGCCGACGCCUCCCCGCUCGUCCUCUUCCGCCGCCCCUUCUCCGACCGCGAGGUCCUCGCGGGCCUCGUCCUCAUCACCCUCCUCGUCGUCUUCCUCACCUCCGUCGGAUCCCUCAUCGUCUCCGCACUCACGGUCGGCGCCGCCAUCGUCUGCGUCCAUGGCGCCUUCCGGUUGCCGGAGGACCUCUUCCUGGACGAGCAGGACCCUGGGGGGCCCGCCGGCGGCCUCUUGUCGUUCCUCGGCGGGGCCCCGGCCUCCUCCGGCCCCGCCGUCCUCGUCUGACGUGGAUCUGGUGAGCACAAAUAGUUAAUUCUCGGAUCUAGGGUUUCCUUCUACUCCCGCAUUCUUCUUGAAACUGAUCGACAUUGAAUCCUUCGAUGGAUGGUUUGCUCGUUCUUUCCGUUACUUGGUUUAGAUCUUGAACUUUGUUAACGCGUUCUAUCUAUAAUUUCUUUUAGAUCUGCUAAAUUUGUUGA